GCUCAGUAAAAGUCAGAGUGGUGAUGAGGAGGGACCCCUGAGCGACAAGUGCAGCCGCAAGACCCUCUUCUACCUGAUAGCGACGCUGAACGAGUCCUUCCGCCCGGACUACGACUUCAGCGCUGCCAAGAGCCACGAGUUCAGCCGGGAGCCAAGCCUCAACUGGGUGGUGAACGCUGUCAACUGCAGCCUCUUCUCUGCCGUUCGGGAAGAUUUCAACGCCCUGAAGCCACACCUGUGGGAUGCUGUGGAUGAGGAGAUCUGUCUUUCGGAGUGUGACAUCUACAGCUACAACCCCGACCUGGAUUCGGACCCCUUUGGAGAACCCGGUUCCCUCUGGACCGAAGCCCACUGGAGAGGGGAGCGGGCUCUCCCCCUGCGGACACAGCCUCGCGGAGCGGUGCCGCCUGGGCGCUUAGGUUGUGCUGCCCUUUUUUCCUCCAGUGGGUAUGCAUACACGCGCUCGGAAGCUGGCAAUGAGCUGGACAUGGAUCUUGGUGAAGAGGACGUGGAGGAGAGCAGGGAUGCAGGCGACACCGAGAGCGGCAGCACUCAGGGGGGCAGGC